UAAAUCACUGUAUUACCCGAUUGAAUGUCGAAAAAUGUGCGAAACAAUUAGAACAAGAUUCAGAUACAUGGUUCUGACUACUCUCUUUGUCGGUGGUAUUGCGAUUAUAUCCCACAUUACAGCAGUGGCGUAUCCGAAAUGGGACGGGAUAGAUGCUCACUGGGAAGCGAGAGGGAAAUCGGACCAAAUACAGGCUUAUGGAUCGAUAUGGGACUUCUCUGUUACUGAGGACAGCACAAACAAAUUCUUUUAUAAUUCUUCAGCACAACAAUUGAUGGACACGGCCUGGAAGACUCCAAUUAUAUUGAUGGCAACCACUGCAAUUGGUAUAGGAGUUGUGGGAGAGGGUCUCAUAGUUUUGGCAGCUUUGUUGGAAAAAUGUACAAAAAAGGCCAUCGUCUUCACAUGUGUGGAUAUGAUGGCUAUCAUGUUUCUAUUAAUUGCGUCAUUUGAGAGUCUGAUGGGAGCCAUCCUAUAUAAGUAUAAUUUUACAAAACACCAAGCUCCAAAAGUUUCAGAUGUCAAUUAUCAUCUCCCAUAUGAAGAACAUGGGCUCCGAGCUGGUUUUUACAUUGAAUGUGCUGCUGGUGGCCUACUCUUUGUGACGUCUUUACUCUACAUUGUGGAUACGGUAUGUGCCAAACGAAGCGAUGCAUCUUCCAAUAUACUCAAGCCAACAGCCACUGGUUAACAUUUGAGUAUCUUGACAGCAACUCGCAAAAAAUCCUCAAGAAACUGUUUUGAUGUUAAAUGUAAAAAAAAAUUUGUUGUUAUAAAUUAUAUAAAGAAACCUUAUCAAUGAAUCUGUUAGUUUCUUUAAUAUCUGUAAAACAGGUUUUUUUGUGAGCCGUAAAUUGGAAUUUUUUAACACAUAUGGAACUAUAGCUCCCGGGUUGUCAUUCCAAUUUUUAUCAGACCGGCGGCUACAGACCUGUAGCUAGAGAUUGUAUGUAGUCAAUGAACGAAAUAAGAAUUGUCUGUCUAUCAUAAAAAUUAGGAGAAACAUGUCUCGCGUUAUCACCAAGAGAAAAAAAACUGUGUACUAAAAAGAUGUAUAGAAAAGAGUACUUCUCACUUUAUUGCUCAGUGUAAACUUCAAGAUUUGAUAACCCAGUUAUUAUUACUUACAAUGAUUUAAGAAUGUAUUUCUAAUAAUCAAAUGAAAUUUGAGAGCCAGUCUUAAAGUUAUAAGCAAGAUACAGGGCUCACAACUCUUUGUCAUGUAAACAAGGCUUGUGUCCUGUUUUUGUUUACAAAGUUUUAAUAUACCAGUAU